CCAUUGUUGUACUUUUACAGACCAACGUGACCUUUUUCACCAAUUUGUCUUCAGUUGCAGAAAGCUUCACUCCUAGAUACCCUACAUUUUUAUGAUUGUUAAUCACCUACCUCAACCAUAAAUUAGUUCUGUAAUUACAAAAUUCACCCGAUGCAUUGUCUUCUAAAGACAUAACAUAGAAGGCUAAAGGACAAAAAGGAAUUGGGAAGGCAAGAAAACACAAUGCCCUUCACCACAGAAGGGAUCGGUUAACCUCAACCUGGUACACUCAAGUUUUCUCAGGAGCUUGGACCCGGAUUAACAAAAGUUUCUUUAACUAAUGUUAAAGAAAAAAAGAAAUGAAGAAACAUUAUUAAUGUACAAUGUACAAUGUAUAAUAUGAGGGAAUUCAACAAAUGAAAAACGAUGUCCUACAAAAUCGUUAAUCUUCUUGCUCCUUUCUGUCUUCAAUGGAUUCUGUCACGUCUUCUUUAACCUUAUUGUUGGAGGAUAAAUCUGUUUUAUCCUCCUUUUCCAUCGGUGUUGUCUGCUUCAGCUUUUGGAGCUCAUUAUCUUUUUCUUCCAGCUUCUCUUGCAGUAGUAGUGCCUGCAACAACAAAUCCUCUAAUUAUAAAAAUAUCGUAAUCAUACCAUUAGCUAAGGAAUUGUUGGCACUCGGAACCAUGGUUUUAAAACCCGGCCCGGCCCGGCCGGUUGAACCGGUUGAACCGGACCCGGACUUAAAAACGGGCCGGUUUCAUGCACUGGCCCGUUUUGCAAAUUGGCCCGUGUUAGCCCGCCAGACUCGUUGGACCCGCUCCAAAUGCCCAGCCCGUCCCACCCGCCGGGCAGAAUAAUUGAUGCGUUGAUUAACCCUUUUUUUUUAUGUAAUUUACUUAUUUUACUUUUUUUUAAUGAUAUUAUAUUUAAAAAUCUUAAAUUUAAACUAAAAUUAAAUUUAAAAA